AUGUCAAAGAUUCUGGCUGUCUUCGGAGCCACUGGCAUUCAAGGCGGCUCUGUUAUCAGAGCCGUUCUUGCUGACCCCGUGUUGUCCAAAGAAUAUACUCUUCGUGGUAUCACACGAGACGUAGCCAAGCCUUCUGCCAAGGCUCUUGCUGAUCAGGGCGUCCAAUUGGUUUCUGCCGACAUGAACUCUGUUGAGACAGCUCGGCCCGGCGUCGAAGGCGCCCAUUCCGUCUUCCUCGUAACCAACUUCUGGGAGAAGUGUGAUCACGAGCUAGAGUUAUCUCAAGGAAAAGCUGUUGCAGAUGCCGCCAAGGCUGCUGGGGUCAAACACCUCAUUUUCUCUUCGCUGAUAAAUGCCACCGAGGCCAGCAAGGGUGUUCUUCCCAAUAUUUUCCACUUUGACUCCAAGGCUGCCAUCGAGCAGUAUAUUCGUGAUAUCGGUGUCCCCGCUACGUUUUUCCAGGCUGGGUGCUAUAUGUCCAACUAUUUCGAAUCAUUCCGCAAGAACGAAGAUGGAAGCUAUACGCAUGCUUUGCCAGUUGAUGGUGAUAAGGCCCAGUUUCCGCUCAUCGACGCUGCUGGCGAUACUGGGCUCUUUGUCAAAGCUGCAUUGAAGGAAACUACGCCCUCCGGCAAAAGAAUCCUCGGUGCCACUGAGUACAUGUCCCCGAAGCAAAUUGUUGCAGACUUUACGGCCGCCACCGGCAAGAAGGCUUCAUUUGUGGAGGUUCCAAGCGAAGUUUUCAAGUCAUUCUUCCCGCCAAACGUCGCGCAAGAGCUCCUCGAGAAUAUGCUUCUGCUCCAGGGCCCCGGCUACUACGCAGGCGCAGACCUCUCACCAUGUCUAGCGCUUCUUGAUCGCAAGCCAACUACGUGGAAGGAAUUUGCCGAAGCAAAUAAGUCUAAGUGGGAAUAG